CGACGCGCGCGGAGUCUCGUUCUUCACGUGGAGCUCCAGGUGUGAAAGCUGCACGAGACACACCGUGUAAAGUAACGCGUUCCUCUUGGUUUAUGUCAAACAGUCAGAUGUUUGGAUCAACCUAAGCCUCCGCGCUGACAGCCAGCCCAGCCAAUCCGCUUCGAGGAGGCGGGACAGCUCCACUCAGGGCGUCCAAUCAGAACGCUCGGUCGGUUAUCGAUUCAAUUCGUCUGAAGCAAAGUUUUUGCGUGUGUCGCUCCUCGACACUGGACCUGACUGCUGCCCACGACCCACCAUCGAGACCUGCUGAGGGGAGACAGAAGAGAGGCAGAGUAAGAGGAGGAAAGAGAGAGAGAGAGAGAGAGGAAGAAAAGAGAGAGAGAGAGAGAGGGACGUCGGGGGUGGACCGUUAAUUUCCUCCACUCUGAGUGUUGAAUGCGUGGCGGAGAACAGAGCUGCUGUGAAACAGGAUCUAUCUCCACCCAGCUCCACUCAUUCAUGUAUAAUAUGGAUCAGUACGACGGGGAUGAAGACUACAUGCCCCAGGAGGAUGACUGGGACCGGGAUAUGCUCCUGGAUCCCGCCUGGGAGAAGCAGCAGAGAAAGACGUUCACAGCAUGGUGUAACUCUCACCUGAGGAAAGCAGGGACGCAGAUCGACAACAUCGAGGAGGACUUCAGAGACGGCCUGAAGCUCAUGCUGCUGCUGGAGGUCAUCUCAGGUGAACGUUUGGCCAAACCAGAGAGAGGAAAGAUGAGAGUCCAUAAGAUCUCCAACGUGAACAAAGCGCUCAAUUUCAUCGCCAGCAAAGGAGUCAAACUGGUUUCUAUUGGAGCAGAGGGUGAGUGAUGUCACCGCUUCUUUUUAUCAACAGCUGAGUACACAAUAUAAAGAAUACUCUCUCUCUCUCUCUGUCUCUCUCUAUCUCUCUCUCUCUCUCUCUCUGUCUCUAUCUCUCUCUCUCUCUUUCUCUAUCUCUCUCUCUCUAUCUCUCUCUAUCUCUCUCUCUCUCUGUCUCUCUCUAUCUCUCUCUCUCUCUCUAUCUCUCUCUCUCUCUCUAUCUCUCUCUCUCUCUCUAUCUCUCUCUAUCUCUCUCUCUCUCUGU